AUGACUGUCGAUGAAGGGUUGAGGGCUGGGUUACCGUACUGUAGAGAUAAGGUUGAGGAGAGGGUGGAGAUGAAGGAUGAGAAUGGUCCCGAGGAUCCGGUCAAUGGAUAUUCAGUAAAGGAGUGCAAGCCAGUAGAUGUUUCUGUUGGAGAUUUUUCCCGAGCAUUACUGAGUUUCAAUGACCUUACGUCGUACGAUAAGCAUGAAAUUCGAACUCGAGGAUUAGCUUCUCACUUAAAGAAGUGUGAAAAGCAAGAUCGGGAACGGCGGGAGGACGAACAACUCGCUGAUAUAGUUUGGAUUGCCGAGCAAAAGGAACAUCGCAAGGAGCAUCGAAGGCUCCGCAAACAACAGAAAACUCUUCAGAAUGCGCACACUGGAUCUGCGAUAAACCCUGUUGCGAUCUGGGCAGCACAAGAUGAAGGCGGUGUGGUAGAAAACGAGGGUAUAGAGAAUGAAAUCGAUAUCCAAGGGUCGUCGCCGCAUAGACACGAAUCAAUUGACUUUGACCCUCCUGCGUUUUCCGAUGUCCCUGACCUCAAUCAUCCCAACGAGCCCCCUUAUGAACUCGACGACAUUAAAGUCGAGUACCAUCCGCACAGCAAACAACCUUCAACUAUACAUCACUUUUCCGAAUUUUCCCGUGGUCGCCCUUCAGAGGCUCAGUUUCAAAAGGAUAUAGUAUCUGUUGAGCACCACAAUGAGACACAUGAGUUUGAAAUGCACUAUCGCCCCCUCUGGGACUGGGCGCUUGAUCUAUUGCAAGACAGACAUCUCGCAUACCACUUUGUAUUUGAUGCACAACAUCUUUCCAAAUUUAAUGGAGAACAAUUUGUCCACUUCAUAGAUGAACCAUGGACUGCCAAUGCCUUCUGGAAUGCACAGUCUCAACUUCCGCCGGACGCAAAGCCACUCGCAUUCAUUCUAUAUGCCGACAAAAACAAACUAUCUUCUUUUGGGACUGCCAAGGGCUAUCCGAUUAUUGCCUGUAUCGCGAACCUUCCCGUUCACAUUCGUAACAGCAACACAGCCCUAGGAGGAGGUCGUGUUGUCGGCUGGUUGCCGAUUGUCGCCGAGGAUCAAAAACAUACCAGAAAGAAGAGUUUUGUAGACUUCAAAAAUGUGGUGUGGCAUAAGUCGUUCUACCAACUCCUCCAGUCAAUUGAGCUGCAUUCAAAAACCGGCUACUGGUUUGAAUGUGGGGAUCAGAUUCGACGCUGUCUCUGGCCCUUGGUACUGAUCCUAAGCGGGGAUUAUGAAGAACAAAGUGUCAUGGCAUUGAUUCACGGUGUGAAAGGCAAAUUUCCUUGCCCAAUCUGUCUAGUGCCGCAGGAUGAGCAGUCAGCCAAUCGUGUCUUUGCUUUGCGCACAACUCACAAUUCCCAACAUGUCCUUCGCACAGCAAGAGCAAAGCGUACAGAAAGGGAACGGGAAGAGGAUCUAAAGGCUUAUUCACUCCAAAAUGUCGAGAUGUUCAUCGGUUAUGGGAGGACCACCUGUGGAAGGACAUUCUCUUCUGGAUUUCCGAUCUUGGACGGGAAGCUGCUGUCAAACUCAAACUUUGAUGCUAUCCCACGAUGGCCUAACCUUACACACUUUAAAGCCGUCGUAUCAGUCGAUUUCAACGAUGGCUCGUUUCACGAGGAUAUAUCAAAGAACGGUAUUCCCUUGCCAGACGGUCCAGGAAGGGUCCUUCAUCUCAAAGCCGAGGAUCAGAUUACGGAGUUCCGAUUUCUGCGAGUGACUUACGAGUCCAUGGUUGAUUGGCGCAUGCGUCAAGACUUACUUCGGUGCAACCCAACAUUUUAUGGAUCACCGAGGUUUGAUUGUGUGAUUGUGAAAACUGCCGGCAAACCAUUCAUUGCUCGCCUUGUGUACUUGUUCGGUUGCUCAAUCGGUGAUGCUGACCUUCAUUUGGCCAUUAUCCAUCCUUACGAUGUUGGUAUUGGUGUUCGUCGAAGGCGGGAUGUUGAUCUGGGCUUGUGGCGUGUACGUGCCACACCUCGUUCAUCAUCCGAGAUCAUUUCGGUCCAGUCGAUUAUCCGAGGUGCUGCGCUCGCCAAAGAUCCGGAGACAGAUGGAGAUUACUUGGUUAUUCACACCGUGGAUACGGACAUGUUCCUUCGUGUUAAGUCUCUUCAAGCGUAA